UCAAUGUCACUUGUCACUUCAAUUGUCAUUCUCAUUAAUAUUUUUUUGGGAAACAGGGAAAGCGAUGUUUGUGGAUUAAAUAUUCGUUGAAUUGAAUUUUUAACAAUAAAAAUGAAGUACUUAAACUUAUAACUUAUUACCGUAGUCCUACUACUCAGCUCAGACUUGGUACUGACUAUUUAGUGGUUUCAUAAUUUCAUUCACUUAUAAAUCUUACUUCCCUUCAUAGAGAAGCGACUCUGCAGGUCGAUCACUAAGCAGCAUACAGCAACGAUGAACCGCACUACAAAACAUCGGAAGUGUAAUUUUACGCAGACAACAGGCGCUGACCAGUGUGACUUGUACAUACAUCCCACUGAUGAAGAGGAACAGACAGCUGCAGAGGAAUCUGUUGUGGGAGAUGUUGCAACAGUUGUGGUGAAGAAUGAAUACAGUUCUGACUUCACAUCGAGUGCCGAUAACUUGGAAUUGAUACAUGAAGAUGACAAUCACAUAGACUAUUCCAACAAUGACUGUGAAUCUGACUUGUGCAUAAAGUUAGAAGCGAGGCCACUGGAUGAGGCUACAAGUGAAGAUCUUCAUAAUAAAACAGCAGCUUCCUGUGCUGCAUUCAUAGAACACACAAUCAAUACACAGGAUCUCAUAAAGAGUGAGAGUAUCAUCUUUGGAUGCACCCUGUGUUAUGAGGACUUCGUCCAAGAAGAUGCAUACAAUGAACAUAUGAUUACACAUCUCCAGGACGCUGGCGGCGACGCUACAUGUGAUGCAUCACAAGUGUGCGAGCCUCGUGCAGCUGUGAGCCGCAGCUGUGACUCACUCGUGCUGCAGAACAACACUUCGUGGAGAGCGCUAGCAAACUCACAUUCUGCUGCAAUGUUUCACAGGACAGGAAGUCAGAGGCUGAAUGAUGCCCCUCCCCCGGCUGCAGGCUGCGCUCAGGCGACAGUCGCUCCACUGUCCGCGAGACUUGCGGCAAACGACUACAAAGUGCAGGCAACUGAAGAAGCAGCUGCGACCUGGAAAAGUGAACAAAUCCUUGAGACUGACAUUGGUGAACUGGACAACCAGUUGUCUCAAAGCAACACCAACACAUUGUGUAUGUAUGACAUAAAUAGAUUCACAAAUUGUGUAGUACAGUUAUGUGAUAUUUUCAAGAAACCCAAGAAAACUGUACUAGAUGAGAAUCCACAUGUGAAAACCCACACUGGUGCGAUGACUUACUCUUGUGAGACAUGCAAUUAUAAAUGUGCACGGAAAAGUGUUUUAAAUAGCCAUAAAAGAACUCACACUGGUGAAAAGCCUUACGCUUGUUAUAUAUGCAAUUAUAAAUGUGCACACAAAAGUACUUUAAUAAACCAUAAAAAAACCCACACUGGUGAGAAGCCUUACUCUUGUGAGACAUUGAAUUAUAAAACUGCACACAAGAGUACUUUAUUAAUGCAUAAAAAAACCCAUACUAGUGAAAACCCUUAUUCUUGUAAUGUAUGUAAUUAUAAAACUGCAUUCAAUAAUAAUUUAUUAUUACAUAAAAGAACCCACACUGGCGAAAAACCUUAUUCAUGUGAGAUAUGCAGUUAUAAAACUGCAGAUAAAAGUAAUUUAUCAAGACAUACAAGAACCCACACUGCUGAAAAGCCUUACUCUUGUGAGACAUGCAAUUAUAAAUGUACACGGAAAGGUUAUUUAAAUUGGCAUGAAAGAACCCAUACUGGUCAAAAACUUUAUUCUUGUGAUAUAUGCAAUUAUAAAACUGUAGAUAAGGGUAAUUUAAUACGUCACAUAAAAACGCACUCUGGCGAAAAGCCUUUUUGUUGUGAGACUUGCAGUUAUAAAACUGCAUAUAAAUAUCAUUUUUUAGUACACAAAAAAACCCACACUGGCGAAAAACCUUAUUCUUGCGAGAUAUGCAAUUAUAAAUCUGCAGAAAUAGGUAAUUUGUUAAGACAUAAAAGAACCCACACAGGUGAAAAGCCUUUUUCUUGUGACUUAUGCAGUUAUAAAACUGCAGAAAAAAGUAAGUUAUUAAGGCACAAUAGCACCCACACUGGCAAAAAGCUUUUUUCUUGUAAUGUAUGCAAUUAUAAAACUGCCAAGAAAAUUAAUUUAUCCAGACAUACGAGAACCCACACUUGUCAAAAACCUUAGUCUUAUGAGACAUGCAAUUAAAUGUUCAUGGAAAAGUGAUUUAAAUGGCACGAAAGGACCCACUAGUGAAAGCCUUAUACUUCUGAUACAUGCUAUUAUUAAAACUGCAGAAAAGAAUAGUUUACUAUCUCACAUGAAAACUCAUACUGGCGAAAAAUCUUUUUUUUUGUUAGACAAGAUUUAUUCUUAACUUUUUAAGAUAUUUAGUCAAAGUCAUUUAUAAUUCCUAAAUAUAGUUGAUUUGUUAGUAAGGUGAGACGAGUAUCUUGGAAUUCCAUGGACUCACAGUGCGGGUGCCGGUCCAUCGCGUGGUAGAAAGAAAAACACCAAGCAGAGUCCUAGACUUGUGACUACAGGAUGUAGGGUUAAGGAAUUCCUUGAAGAUCGAUCAAAAUUCCCCUCCUCCGUGUUGUUCUCCCUGCUGCCAAAUUUAUAAAGAUCCUAUUUGAGCAGCUUUGGAUACCCGUUCUAAUAUAAAACUAGAGAUCUUGCUUACUUUUAUUUUUAAUCGAAAUAUAAAUACAUUUAUAACUAAAA